AUUACGUUGUAGUUUUUUGGCCGUUGGCAUACGGUCUUAUGCGGCACCGGUAUGCAAUUGUUUAAGUUGCUUGAUAGAAUUAUUUGAUUGAUUAGAAGGCGGGCCGAGUCUAGUCCUAUGGAAAAAAAUACAUAGUCCGACAUAGAUGGCUGCCGUCGUGGCGAUCUGUUGUUUUUGUUGUUGUUCUUCAUCUUCUUGCUUCCGUAAUUAGUCGACCUUGUUCGUCUAUGAGUUGUUAAAAACCACUACUGCUUCUGAAUCUUGUGCGACGCAUGAAGAUGAAGAAAAUUUUAAGCCCCCUAGCACUUAGCGUUCCUUCACCAAUUUAAAUAACAUGCAUGUUCUUACUUAGUCAAAAAAUUUUCUAAUUUCCUCCACCAAUCAGUUGCCGCGCAGAUCCACCUAGGGCCCGCAUAUAAGUAAUUAACUCGUCGACUAUGCGGACAUCGUUCCGCGGCCCACAAACCUAGCAUUCCCAAUAAGCGCGUAAUGGGGAGACGGACAUCGUUCGCGGUGGCAGGUACUAGGUGUGUAAAUUCUCCUGCCUUUACUCCUAGGGUUCAGCAUUUUGAAAUCGUAGGGGCAGUAGCGUAG